AUGCCUUUUAAGGAAGGAAAGUUGCCUGUCAAGUAUUUGGGGGUUCCUCUGGUUUCGGCUAAGCUUGGUUACAAUGACUGUCGAGUGCUAGUGGAGAGAUUAGAAAAACGUAUCAUGCACUGGAGAAAUAAGCUUUUAUCGUUCGCGGGAAGACUUCAGCUUACUAAUUCUGUACUAUCUUCGAUGCAUAUUUAUUGGUCCUCGGUUUUUAUCUUGCCGGUUCGGAUUAUCAAGGACCUUGAAGCUAAAAUGAGAAACUUUCUAUGGUCUCAAGAGUCUGCAUUCAGUAAAGGUAAUGGUGCUACUACUUCAGCUUGGUAUGAUAACUGGACCGUCUUGGGGCCUUUGGCCGAUUUUCUUUCGGCUAGAGUUAUCACUGAUGCUGAUUUUAGGUUGGAGGAUUCGGUUACUGAUGUGUAUUCGAAUGGUGGUUGGAGAUGGCCUUUGGCUUGGAGGGAUUUAUUCCCUGUUCUUAUUCAGAUUGAUCAAGUUCUAUUGGAUCCUUUGAAAAAUGAUAGGCUGCUAUGGAAGGAUGGUAAUGAGCUUAAUGGGUUUUCGUCUUCUGGGGUUUGGCACUCGUUGCGUCAUAGGGAGCCGGAAGUUGAUUGGUGCAAUAUUGUGUGGUGUGGACGCAAAUUCGGGAUCGGGGGGGGGGGGGGGAUGAACUCGGUCAGCCCGAAAUGGUCUGAGAUUGUUGAAUGGCUUUGUGCUCGUAGUCAUCAUAAGAGGGCUGAUAUUUAUGUUGCUAAGCUUCUCGUUGCGGCUACUGCAUAUAAUAUUUGGCAAGAGAGGAAUGCAACGUUGUUUAAAAAUCAAUUGAGACCUCCUGAGACGGUUAGUGAUGUUAUUAUCAAAACAGUGCGAUACAAGUUGAUGGGAGCAAAGUUGAAGGAUACCGUGAGGGUGCGAAAGAUUCUUGAAGAAUGGGAGAUCCAUGCGGAUGAAAAAGGCGAUGAUGGGGGCUGA